GCAGUUACCCCACUGCGAAUGCGAAGCGAAGCGAUUCCAACCGAUCUGCGUACCUAACUAGUUUGCUUCUGGCAAGCGAUAAGGUUCGUUCUGUUUUGUACCAAUCGGUGUUUCUUUGGUCUGCAAUAUUCAACGUGUUUUACAACUGUAGUUUCCAGAUUUCUACUACAAAAAAUGAAUCCCACUGAAUGGUUUAGCGAAAUUUCGGAACAACUAUGGCCGAAUCAAUGCUUCUCGUUGAAAGUGAAAAAGGUUCUCCACGAAGAGCGCUCCAAAUUCCAGGAUAUAAAGCUGCUAGAGACCUACUCACAUGGCACCGUCCUGGUUUUGGACGGUAUCAUUCAAUGUACGGAACGAGAUGAAUUUGCUUACCAGGAAAUGAUCUCAUUUCUCCCGCUGUGCUGCCAUCCGAAUCCCAAAAAGGUGCUGAUCGUCGGUGGAGGCGAUGGUGGCGUGGCCCGGGAAGUGGUAAAACACCCCCUAGUGGAGGAAGUGCAUCAAGUUGAGAUCGACGACCGCGUGGUGGAACUGUCGAAGAAAUAUCUCCCUUUCAUGGCAUGCGGAUUUGAUUCGCCCAAAUUGAAACUCACUAUUGGGGAUGGUUUCGAGUACAUGAAGCAACGGGAAGGGGAAUUUGAUGUCAUCAUCACCGAUAGCAGCGAUCCGAUUGGUCCGGCCGAGUCACUGUUCCAGGAGUCUUAUUUUGCCCUUGCGAAGAAGGCGUUACGACCGAACGGCAUCAUUUGCUCGCAGGGAGGCACCUUCUGGAUUGAUAUGGAUCACAUCAAGAGUACGUUAGAUCACUGCAGGAAACAUUUUCCUGUGGUGGGGUAUGGAGUAGCGUCGGUACCGUCCUACCCAACGGGCCAAAUUGGAUUUUUCAUCGCAAGUUCGAAUGAGAACACGAAGCUGAAUGAACCGGCAAAAACAUUCACCGACGAAGAGAUCGACAACAUGAACAUGCGUUACUACACUUCGGAUGUUCACCGGGCUGCAUUCACGUUGCCCAGAUAUGCUGCUAAGAAACUUUACUAGCAAAGCACAUGACUAGGAAUAUACAGAUGAACAAUAAUGUACAAUAUGGUUGUACCUUAUGCAUUUUGGAAUCUUUUUUAUUCUUUGCUUAUUGUGGAAAUUUUAUAUACAUUUAUAAUAUACACGAUUUAAACGUUA